CAUAUUUGUUUUGCAACUAUGUAUGAAAUGCACGCUUACUGCAUCAGCAAAUUUAGCUCAAAACAAUAGCUUUUGAAAAUUUAACACUGUUUAAUUCGGGUCAGUUUACCACAACACAUUUGUAGAAAAUGCAGUGGGCCGUGGGCGUUAUAUUUCUUGUUGGAUUUUGCGUAGGCACAAUUUCAAGUCGAGCAUUAGAGGAAAGCCAGCAGGAUGCAGAAGAAAAACUUUCUGACUGUGUUGCAGUUUGCAAUUCGCAUAAAAAUGAGUCAAACUUCAGCAACUCACAUUAUUGCGAAUGCACUUUCAAUGGCAAAGGGCCGCAAAUUCGGAGCAAACGCAGAAUAAAACCAAAAUUAACAAAACGUGAAACAGUUCAGGAUUUAGUUAAAAAGAUUAAGCAAAUGAAGGCAGAUGGUUUGAGAGCAAGUGCCGUAUCGAUAAGGCCGAGACAGUUUGAACAUUUCAAGAAACCAAUCAACAAACAUAACGUGCUACAUAAAAAAGCAGAAUCGUCAAUAGGCAGAAAUGCAUUGCACAAAAACUUUGAAAAUCGUUUAAAGGAAUUGAGAGCGCGAGUAUCAAACCGUCCAUUACUAAAAUCUCGAGCAAAUAAUGAACCAGAAGAAAAAUCAAAUUUAUUAAAUCAAUUCAAAAUCAGACAAGAGGAGUUAUUGGAAAAGUUGAAAAAAGCAACGUCAGCUUCUGCUCGUCAAAGUAAUAACAAUGCCAACAAAAUGGGUUCCGUAAAUUUUUUGCAAAACCGCAUUAACCUGCCCUCGCCUAAAUUGGGAUCUGGAAUAAAAAGUUUACGAAUGGAACAACGUUCGAAAACUGAUAGCUCAGAUUUAGCAUCACCCGAACCCAAGAGCACUACGGAGUCCCCGAAGAAUAGUUCAAUAAAUGCUGUCAAGUCAACUACUACAAAUUUGCCUGCAACAAUAACCAACAACAAUAACAAUGCAGAUGAUGAUAAGAAUGUGGAUACUAAAAAUGAAAGUGCGAAAAAAUCUGAUACUUUACCAAUGGCCAUUGAGCGGCUUAAAGAGAAGCAAAAAGAAACAGUGCUGAAAAUUAAGGACAAAAUUUCGCAAAACAAAUCCAAGUCAAGCAAUUGAAAGCCAUUCAAAGAGAUGUGAGGAUAUUUUUUUAAACAUGUUUGUAUUUUUUAAUAAAUAAAACUAUUUAGAAACACC